GGGACAGACAAUAUCAAGAAAGAGAUCAUGACCAAUGGCCCAACCUCGGCUACAUUAUCCAUGUAUAACGACUUCCUGUCAUACGAGUCAGGCGUCUACAAGCACACGAGCGGCACCUUCAUGGGCGUACACAGUGUUGAGAUCAUCGGAUGGGGUAUCGAGAAGGGCGUUGAUUACUGGCUGGUCAUGAACUCCUGGAAUGAAGAUUGGGGUGACAAUGGCACCUUCAAGAUAGCCCAAGGGGAUUGUGGUAUAAAUGACAUGGUCCUUGGGGCGCCUCCAGCCAAGUAUUGA